AUGGAAGCCCCCGCCGCCGCUGCCGCNNNCGUCUCCACCCUCUCCGCGCUCGCCGUCUUCGUCAGCACCGUUGACCGCGGUGCCGUGAGGAGCGCGCACGGCUACAGGGUCGCCGGCAAGGGAGGGGGCUGCGGCUGGGAGAGGUGGGUGGAGCGGGAGUUCGCCUUCACCCCCACCUCGGCCCGCGAGGUCCCGCUCGCCGCCGACGCGCAGCGCCUGCUCCCGGCGGAUUGGCGCGGCCGCCCCGUCUACCGCGAGGGCCAGAUUGCCGGGCCCUGGCGCUGCAUCCUGGCAUUCGAUUUCGUCGCCGCCGUCGCCCCGCCGCCCGUGCCGCCGCCCGUGCUCUGCCCCUUAAGGAACCCGAGGCUCAUGUGUGUGCCUUCCCUGUACAACGACCUGACAAAGGUGUUCCAGUUUCAGAAAGUAGAAGAAAAGGUUCCAGGGCUCGUUCAAUGCGAUUCAGAUGAGAAGUUGACCAGUUCGGAUGCAAAGGACAGAGUUUCUGUUAAGCAAGAGGCAGGGUCUGAUACCGAUGAGCGACCCCAAUUUGGUGAAGACCUUCUAGCACCAGCUGAGAAGCAGAGGCGAGCCCACCGGGCGUAUAUUGCUAGCAUUACUCUAGAAGACAUAGCUCAGUACUUCCAUCUUCCAAUCAGAGAAGCAUCCAGGACUCUGAAGAUUGGACUCAGCAUUCUGAAGAAGAAAUGCCGGCAACAUGGGAUACCUCGCUGGCCUCACCGCAAACUCAAGUCCCUUGAUUCGCUGAUUCAUGAUCUUGAGUUUGUGAUUGACGACGAAACAGAAAGAGACGGCGUGAAGCAGGAGGAUCACAUGCAGGAUGAAAAGGAGAAUCAAGAUGCAAUCGAGGCGCUUGCUAAGCGGAAGAGGAUGCUGGAGACUGAGAAGGCGACCAUCCAGCAAAAACCGACCCUGGACCUGAUGGCUGAGACCAAGCAGUUCCGGCAAUAUGUGUUCAAGAGGAAAUACAGGGCAAAAACCCUAGUCAGCGAGUAG